AUGAGAGAUCCCGAAAUUCUCGUCCACGUCGCUGCUCCCAGCGGGGCCAGGGAUGACGCGAGGUAUCGCUCUCAGAUUCAGGCCUUCUUGGCCUUCGACCCGGUGUCGAGACACUGCGUUUUCAGCUCUGAAGACGGAUCGAGCUGUGAACCGCCAGCUGAAGAGGCUGUCCGGUUUCCCGAGCAGUCAGGCGGAGACGAAAAAUCGGGACAUUCGGGGGACGAAUUGCGUAGUGUUGUGGAUGAGUCUUCCUCUCCAGGAGUGACCGCGAGAGAAGCAGAUCCGAAGUCGAAGGAUCAAGAAGCAAAGCUCGGUUCAACGCAUCCGCCGCCUCCUUCUACUACUUUUGGUGACAAUGCCCCGAACUGUGGACGUGAUCCGCCCACUGACGACCAACAUCCUGGCCCCGGAGGUGUAUCGCACACGCUCCCUGCAGAUUGCGUCUCGCACCGCGAUGGGCCCCCGUCGUCUGUUUCGGCGUUGCAGCAAGGUGCUUCGGUAUCAAAUUCCUUCGAAACACCGCUCAGUGUGAUUCCGGACUCCCAGCCACAUGAGCCAAACUCCUCGGCAGGAAAUUCAGAACGCGCGAACCACGCACCGGUAGAGCAAGUUCAAGUUCCCCGAUCAUUCUAUGCAGAACCCUCAUCUCCGUCCAAACGACGUCGACUGGAUAAUGCUGGGGGUGCACUACAGUCCGCUGAAGCAGAUAACGUGCGAAUCCUGUCGUCUCUGCCGAGUUCAAAUGGAUGUGCACCGCCAGAAAAACAGACUGAGAUAUAUACUCAUGAGAAUCGCCCUAUAAAUGCACCUAACGUCGUCUACAGAGCUUCAGGACCUCCAGAUAACAAACCACAGACCAUUCCACGACAAGAUCAUACAAUAUCACUAUCCGUCCUGCCUCUGGAAAUCCAUCCUCCUCCGCCCCCAGUCUCGACAGGCAGAUUUCAAACUCACAUCACCCCAACCCUCCAGAUGCUCGCGGAACGGAUGAAGCUGCCUCGUAAGUUCAAGCCUGCCAAGCAGAGUAGAGAGCUGGAGCCGUUGGAAAGAGGUUACUGGUUUCUCCAGGUGAACGUUUUUGAAUCGGACAAUAUAGACAGGGGCGACUGUGGUCAAGAAGCCGGAUGUGGACGUGUGAAGGCCAACAAUCACAGUCCAAACGACUGGUCCUUGUCCUUCUUUUGCCAAUUCUGGUCCUUUCUCACGGAUUUCAUUUCCCGCGAAGGCCGCGCCGGCUGGGGUGUCUGGGGUAUCCUAGAGGAGAAGCGCCAGAACCAUGCAUCCCAGCAGACCGAACCCGCAGCAAACCCGCUGGACCAGCAGCAGGAGCAGCCACAGAACCGAAAGUUGGCCAUGCGGCGGCCAUUGACCCUAAAAGUCUACUGCUGGGGCGAGGUCGCCCCGCACAUCUAUAUGCUUCUCUUCCUGGCCACGGAGCGACGUAUCCGAGGCAUGCGAGCCCAGUGGAGAGACGCAACAGAGAGUGUGGUCAUCGAGAUGCCAUGA